GUGAUUGUUAAAAUAAUUGUUGAAUAUUUGUGCGUGAAUUAGUUGGUUUCUGUUCUCCUAGAUGCUUCUGUAAAGCAAGCACAGUGGGAUGCUUUUGGUUCAUUUAAUUACUACAUGGUUUAAAUUUACUACAUGGUUCACUAACGAUAUAAGUGUUCAUUUGUAUGACAGGAUUUGGCUACUGCAAUGGAUGAGGAAGAUAUUGGAAAAUUUACUGACGCAGUGAGGGAAUUUAAUAGCAUGACCCGACUGGAUGCAUGGAAGAGUACAAUAUUGCUGAGAGCAAAGGAAGCACUGAAGGCAAAAGAAGACGGUGCAAUGUUCUCAAAACUGAUUACCAUCUAUGAGUAUCAACUUGCGAAAGCACUUGCUGAACCAGUAGAAUAUAUGUUAAAUCCUAUUGCUGCUGAACCAGUUGAAAGUGUUGUUUUAUCUGGAGGAAAUCCUGAUUUGUCUCACUCGACCACUGAUGCUAUCCUCAUAAAGAAAAUUUUAAACUUUGGUCAAGUGGUAAAAGUUAAAAUAUUCACAGAUGAAUCAGGAAAGAGAUCAAAAGGGUUUGCUUUUAUACAAUAUACCUGUCAAGACGAUGCUGUGGUUUUACCCAAUUUGACGCUGAGAAAUUGGUCGCUGCAUUUCCUGUGGUUCACAUCAUGUAGUCUCUUUACUGUUUCCUGGGAACUGCUUAUUGGCAUCUUCGCCACUGCUUUUCCAUGCAAGCUUUCGAACACCUAACCUGAAGGCACGGCUCAACACAUUCCGCGAGGAGUUCCGUGCAGUUUGGCGCAAUUAUAGCGAGAUGUAAAUGAGUGGUCCUAGUUUCAACAUUGGGUUUUGUCCUUCCAUCAUGGGUACACUUUUGCGUGUCGAAGCUGCUCCAUGAUGCCGGCCUUCCUAAGGGUGUUCUCAAUAUGAUUUCCAUAUAUGGUCUUACGGAUGGUGCAACACUUGCUAGUCAUAUGGAUGUCGACAAGAUCAACUAUAACCGGCAAAAUUGUUUCUGAACUGGCUGGUAGAAGCAACCUUAAGCCAGUGACUCUGGAGCUUGGAGGGAAAUCUCCAUUCAUUGUAUGUGAAGAUGCCGACAUUGACAAGGCUGUUGAAACUUCCUACUUUGCUCUAUUCUUUAACCAGUAUAGGUUGGGAUUUAUGAACUUAAAGCCGGGUAUUAUGGAGAACUUGACGAAGAAUGUUGCAAGGAUAGCUUAGGGAUGAUUUGUGCUUGGAGACUAGUGUUUGGGAAAUGCUCGACUCAUUAGGUCCAUUAUCAGCUGCUAGUGUUGUCAGUUUCUAUGUAGUAUCUGUGAUUUAAGUUGGAAGAAUUUGUUAACUGAACUUAGGAGCUUAGAAAAUUUUGAAAGUUUCUAUUAACUGAAUUUAGGGACUUAGUAAGUUUCUAUGUAUUCCCUUGGAAUUUGAUACUGAAUUUGUGUUCUUUUUUGACAUGAAAUGGUUGAAUGUGAUAUGAAUUGAUUGUUGAA